GGGAAACGCGGAAAAGUAAACGAUACGUAAACAGAACGCAGAGUCUAAGCCUGCGAUUCCAUUUAGAAAUGGAGGAGGCACUGCAGUUGACCGAGGCGGAGGCCACGGAAUCAAUGGAAUCAUCACCGGUUGAAGGCCAGCAGCCUGUGCAUGAGGCGAACAGCUGCCACGACAAAGCUGCCACAUAUCCAGAGGAAACCGAGACCGAGACGGACCCCGAGCACGAUCCAGAGCCAGAGCAGAUGCUUAGCGAGAGGUGGUCCCCGCUAGGAGCCAACUACGAUGACGCCAAUAGCGCCAGCUCCGGGGUGGACUGCGAGCUGGAGCCCACUUUGCUGGGCCUAAGUCUGGAGAAGAGCAGCCCCGGCAAUGAGACGGAGAAUGCCAGCGAACUGGCUCGCCUCCGCAGCAUCGAGGAGGAGCAGGAGCUGCUCACCAGCUCCCUGCUGGCCCUAACCUCGCACUUUGCCCAUGUCCAGCUGCGGGUGCGACAGAUUGUCGAGGCUCCCGCGGAGGAGCGGGACCAGUUACUGCGGGAUCUGGAUGACUUUGCCUUCCAGGGCAUUCCCGAUGCCGGCCUCGGCCAGAAGAAGGGCUCCGACGCGGAGCCAGAGCGGGAGACGGAGUCCGAUGGCCAGCUGAUUGAGCAGCUCAAGUCGCAGCUGACGGAGCUGGAGCAGUUGGCAUAUGAGGCCGGGGAACCGGGCAUCCUGCCGCAGCAUGUCCUCCUCGAGAAUCAGAAGUUCAACCUGGACGAGCUACGGGCCAAGCUCAACCUGCAGGUGGAGCAGCAGGAUCUGCCAUCGCUCAGCACGGAUCAGCUGCGGCACCAGGUGGACAACGCCAUCGGGGAGUUUGUGGGGCCGCUGAAAAUGAAGGAGCAGCUGGUGGCCCAGCUGAAGACACAGAUCACCGACCUGGAGCGCUUCAUUGCCUUCCUGCAGUGCGAUGCGGCGGGCUCCGGUUCGGGCUCCUCUGCCAGCGGCAGCGACAGGCUGAAGCUCCUCUCCGGAGCCUACAACAGCUAUGCGGCCAAGCAGACAGCCCGUUCCCAGGUCUCUUUGCCCGCUCCGGCGGAAACUUCUCCUCCAUCUCGUUCCUAUUCCCAUUCGUCAGCCCUGCCCGUGGCCCAGGCGGGCGAGAGCCUGCAUAGCAAGGCACACGGAUUGCUGGACAAGGCCUCCAUCCUUAUGCAGAUGUUCGCCAGCACGCACCUGGCCAAGCCGCGCGAGGACUUCCAGCAGAACACCCUGAAGAAGACGCACAAGGGUAAUCACUGGGGGGAUCUUCGUGCCCAGCUGGAGGUGGAUAUCCAGGAGGUGGCCGCCUUGGCCGCCACGCUCAGCUGCGACCGCGAGAAGUUGGCCAAUAUCAAGCGGGCCCUGCGACAACAGCAGCAUCAGCAACAGCAGCAGGCGGGAUCCUCGAGUACAUGCCUCAAUCCCCAGAACGUUUUAUCGUAUCUUUAA